CACUGCUGCAUGGGCAUGGGUCGUCCUCGCGGUAUACAGCAUGGACUGCGGGAGCAUUACUGGCUCUGGCGCGAGUGUGCGAAAGAGCAGUGGAUGGAAGUAGUGGGAUUUGGUGGGCAAAGGUCAACAGACAAUGAUGACAACACGGGCAGAGCUCUGACUGAGACGUGCGACUAGGUCUUGCUCCCGGCUCUGAUCUACGUGACCGCCAGAGGACACAUACUGGAAGAGUGGCCCAAAGCUCGACACCACCACAGUCCUUCUUCCGCGAGUCCCACGAAAGCAGGCUUCGAUCGAUCACCAAGCAGUGGCUGCAAGACUACUCUGCUUGCUCUGACGUUGUCAGGCUUGGUAUCCGUCCACGCUCAUGCUGGGUCGACGACGGAGAUCGCUCUGGGCUUGUCGCACGCGGUGUGCGAAGCCCUGGCAUUUCAAUUGAUUGAGCGAGCUCAAGACGUGUCGCGGCACCAUAAGCAGCAGUACGGUGGUACCGUGGGCUACUUGACUGCCAGCGGGACGGGGGCAGACGACGAGCGAGGGCUAUUCGUCCUUCGAGAUGUGUCUGUAGCCGGUGCCAUCACGACCGCGUUGGCCGUUACUCUGGAGGGAGUACACUUUGGCGGGCUGAUCAAUUACGGCUUGAUCAGCCAUGUGCUCAGCCAGGGAGUGUUGUCGACGAUGUAUGCAUUGGGUACGGUGCUUCUGCAUAUGAUUGUGUUUGCCGCCACAGUUCUCAUGAUCCAACGACAGGGCGCCUUUCUCACCACCUUCAUUCCCGUUGCCGCCGUCGUCGCCUCUCGCUUGCUGCUCGGCUUUUCCGCGACGCGCCUGUGGUUUGGCGCGCUGUGUACCCUCUCAUGCAUCUCUUUUCUCCAUGAACAAUAUCGCGCGCCCUCCUCAGGAUCCAGGAUGAGGAUGGGCCUGGGCCUGGGCAUGGGUAUGAGGGUGCGCCCGACGAGACUCGUUGCCCUCGCCGUCGUCCUGUCCUGCCUCUGCUUGGCCGUCGUCUACCUUCGACCGCCGCUCCGCGCCGCUACUGCUCUGCACGCCCACUCUCACGCCGCGAGUGCUGUCCCCCCGAUCCCUCUUCCCCAGCAGCCGCUGAGCUCCGCGCCCCCCUCGAGACCGCUCGCGCCGCUGCCUCACACCGAUGCACAAACGCACCCCGUCAAGCACCUCAUCGCACACGCUCAGACGGAAUGGGAUGCCAAACUGAAAGCGCAGUCCCAGACACUGGCGCAGGCCGUGACCGAAUACCAGCGCCGAUACGGUGUUCCUCCGCCCCCACACUUUGAUAAAUGGUACGACUUCGCCAAGAGAAAGGGCGUGCAGCUCAUCGAUGAGUACGACACCAUCUACCACUCGCUGCUGCCCUUCUGGGGUUUAAAACCGGCCACGAUCCGGGCAAGGGCGAGGGAGGCGCUGGGCUUUGUGGACAACAAUCUCAUGGGUCUGUUAAUUCGCGAGGGCAGUGCCGUGCACGUGGAAGGCGGUCAGGAGUGGCUACAACAGGCGGCAGUGGGCAUGAUGGAGCAGUUUGUCGAAUACCUACCCGACAUGGACUUGGCGUUCAAUGUGCAUGACGAGCCCCGCGUGGUCGUGCCGCACGACGAACUGUCGCGCCUAAUAGAGAUUGCGCUCACGCAGAAUAUUCCGGCUGCGCAAGCGCAAACGCUGCCCCGAGAUGCCUUCUCAGCACGUCCAAAAGACGUGAAGAGCGGACGGCGCAUCGCUGAAGUAAAGACCACGCGCUUCAAUGUCUUCGCCCAUCAGCCCACAUGGAUCCCCUCUCGUCUCUCGUGCUCAGUGGACAGCCCUGCGCGUGGUGUUGAAGAGUCUCUGCUCGCCGACAAUAUGACGGCCUACGCCCUCUCCGAUCUCGCUUUCAUCUACAACCAGACUGCCUUCUCCGAUAUCUGCAACUCCCCCUCUUUUGGCCAAUCGCACGGUUUCUUUGAUCGCCCCAACGCGUUCAAUGUCGUCCAUGACCUCUUUCCCAUCUUCAGCCAGAGCAAAAUGUCCAGCUUCCAGGACAUCACCUACCCCAGUCCGUGGUACUGGUAUGGCAAGGUUGCAUACAAUGAGCUCAAGGACAUGGAUUGGUCGAAGAAAGCCAACAAGCUCUGGUGGCGGGGGAGCACCACAGGCGGCUUUUCAAGAUCUGGGGGGUGGAGAAGACAACAUCGACAAAAGUUUGUCGCCAAGGUCAAUGCUUUGGACAAUGCCAAGAUUUUGUCGAGCAGCAAUGCCGGCGCUACGGACGAGAACCCUGGUCUGAAGAAGUGGCUGACGAAAGAAGUUCCCCGGCCAGAAUUCAAGGAUGUCAUGGAUGUUCAUUUCUCGCACGUGGGACAAUGCGACCCUGGGGAUUGUGACGCUCAGCGAGAAUUCUUCACCAUUGUGGAACCUGCUGACCAGCAAGACGCGUGGAACUUCAAGUACUUACUGGAUCUCGACGGAAACGCGUUUAGCGGGAGGUUUUACGCAUUUUUGAUGUCGCAUAGCCUGACUUUCAAAAUGGCUGUGUUCCGGGAAUGGCACGAAGAGUGGAUCAAACCAUGGGUGCAUUUUAUUCCACUGAGCUUGAAGGGAGACGAAGUGCUCGAAACGAUUCGAUACUUUGACGCAGAAGAGGAAGGUAAAGAGCUUGCCAUGUCGGUUGCUGAGGAUGGCAGGAGUUGGGCGCAGAAAGCUCUGAGAAAUGAAGACUUUGAAGCGUGGUUCUUCAGACUCUUGCUAGAGUAUGGGCGGGUGAUUGAUGAUAACCGGAGCGAGAUAGGAUACAAGGGAGCAUGAUACACCACCCAGAUUCACAUCUUGUAUACAGACAGGAGCUCUUACGAGCAGCCAGGCCCGCGGCCAUGAUGAGUGCGGUAUUCAUACACAAAACGAGCAUCAGUCGACCAGGCCGAGAUAACAUAUUGCCCACACCAAUCCCAUUGCCUCCCAGCCAGUGCGAUAAAAAGUGGCCAUUUCUCAAUUUCAUAAAAUUCGUUGGGCUACGGCAUUCUCCAACCUGGUUACUACCAGAGUACAUACAUGUAACCCUCACUUCCUCGCUCCACCCUUGGGACCUCUGGCGAUCAACUUUUCUCGCAUGAGCCGCACGCCUUCGUCCCAAUUUUCAUGCCCGUCAAUAGACUGCUUCAGGUACUGCGUCAUAUUAUGCUCAUUGUACUGCUCCCCAUAUACCACAUACACCCGGGGUGUGAUGGCAGUGCUCAGGCCAAGCUUGCCAGGGCCGUCAAUCUCCUCUGUCUUGGCGUCCAACGCAAAGGCAACGCGGACCUUGGUUCGCACUUGAGGUAGCAAGACUUCGGCAGCAAUUUCGAGACACUCAUCACCCAUGAUACGUGAAGUCGUCAGGGUUUCAAUGCUCAGGCGCCGUUCUGUCUCUGAUACCUGCAAAGCCGUGUCCCAGCCGGAACUGACUAGUUCCAGGAGAUUCGUGACCCUUGUUGUUGCCUGUGGAAGACCUUGUAGGCUUGCUCUCAAUAGUUGAAGAAAGAAUCGAAGCGUGGUGGACAACGGCUUCCUAUCGUUGGCGAUAUAGGUUAAGCUGAUGGGCGCAUUGGGUAUCCGGGCCUCAAUGUUCGAGGUCAAAGUCUUGAAAGCUUUGGGGUUGAAGAAGAGCUGUAUGUCGGACUUAUAGGUCAUGGUCAAGGCUUCGGGUUCCACAGACGCCGACGAGAUGGACCACGAAUACCUUUUCUCGAGCUUGCGAACGGACUCUUGGAGCGCAGUAAUCUCGUCGAUUGAUAUACCUCUACAGGUUUCGCGGACGCGAUUCGCCUCCUCGAUAGCCGCCGCGAACUCGACCUUACUCUCCUGUAGGUGCUCUAUGGUAGACUCUUGCUCCUCAACUUCUUUCCGCAAGCGCUCGAGCAGAACUCGCUUUUCAGCUAGUUCAGCGUUGACAAUGGUCAAGCUUUCACGCGUAUUACUGAGCUGUUCCUUCUCUCCUUCAGGGACAGCAUUAGCGGUCCGCUCGAGCUGAGCAGCAUCCUGUCGUAGCGACGCGUGCUGCGUCAACAAGGGAGGUAGCGCUUGAUCGAGCACUUCCUCGGCAUGCGCUAACGUUUCAUCGUCUCGAAUGAGCCCUUCGCCAAUCUUUGAUAAGCCGCCCAUGAGCUCCUCGAGCAGUUGACUGCGCCAAGCGUACCACAUCUCUUUGCUCCGGAGCCGAGCAUUGGUCUUCAUAUCUCGCAUUUGCGCAUCGAGUGUCAGCUUUCUGUCCGGCGGGGCAUGCGCAUAGGAUUGAACAAGAGGCGGUUGCGCCCGUAACGUCUGGUCUUCGAGCUCAGUAAUGACUUGUUUACCCUCUUUGGUGAAGCGCUUGAGUUCAAGGCAUGCAUGCUGAUAUAAUUCGAGUUCAGGUACGGUGCACGCUGCAGCAACAACACCAUCCUCCAGACUGACUACUUCCGUCUCGCUUUGAGUAUGGCCUUUGGUCUUUGAUGGAGGAGCAACAGUCAGCCUCCUUUUGGUGGUCGUGAGGUCCAUGAAGCGAAUGCCGGCUUUGGCAAGAAACUCUUGAAGGCCGAUUUUCUGCUGUGGCCCUCCAGUCACUCUAAUACGUUCCAAAUCCUCGCGCAAAUGUCUAACAGGAGAUGGCAAGAUUGUAACGCUCCCUCGUGGAGUAGGCCUGCCGCGAGGCGUGUUAGGCUUCGCAGGAGACAACGGUCUGGCAGGUGUCUUCUUCGGUGUGGCAUGCUUGAGGGUCUCCUUUCUCGGUGUAGUCAUGAGCUUCAGCGAAUCAUGGAGAGUUCGAGUGUCAUCUUGCGAUUCAUUCAACUUUUCUGGGGUGCUUAUAAAUUCCUUGCUCGACGGCCCGCGCUGCUUCGGUUUCGUCGGGGACUGAUUUGGUGCUUCAACAUGUAUGUUAGACUGGCGCUCCUCGCUCACAAUAUUACUGCGACCUUGUCGUUGUUGCGGAGUGGAUGAAGGUGUCCGCACAGGUGACGAAUUCUGCGUCAAGGGGGGCAACUCUGGGUAGGUAACCUCGUCGCGUCCCGGAGAGCGCGAUUUGGACUGUGUGGAGCUCCCGAGGUGCUGUCGGGGCGGCGCUGGGCUGCCAAACUGCCUCGGUGACCUUGACAGCCUCAUUGGCGACAUUGCUUCACGAACUGGAGCGGGUGGUGAAGCUUGCUUCGCGGACUCCAUCAUAGGUUCCAGGGGCUGUUUCGCGACUAGAUCUGGCGUGUUCAUGAAAGGUUCCUGACCGUUUAAUGUAGUGUUAACAGUACCUAGAGGUUGCGAGCUUUGCGUGCUCUGCGGCGUGCCUAGCCGAGAGCCAUCCUUGGACAUCGGUCUGGACAGUUCUCUGAUGCCACCGAUGACCGUGGUGAGCUCCAUGGAUAGCUCCUCGUCUCCAGCAAAGCUAUUCUCAGUAAUGUCGGUCAGAACGGGCACGAUACUUCCAACGGCGUGAGUGAUAUCCAUCGUCGCAUCAGAAGUAUCAGAUCCCAUUCCCGACGAUCGCCGUCCUCGUAGACUGCGCCUACGAUCUGGUAUUGCCGUACUCUGUAUGCCACCAACGGCCAUGGUCAGAUCCAUAGUGUCGUCACCCAUCGAAGUGCGGGUUGCGGACGGUCGCUUUCUUUUUGACAGCACUGGAGCAACGACAACACCAGGCGAGCCAUGUUCUGUGGUUGAACGUCUCCGCUUCUGGCCCGCGAUCCGGCCCACUGCCUGCGUGAGAUCCAUUGUUUCAUCUCCUUCGCUCCUGGGAGAACUCUGUGGCCCAGCGAAUCGAGACGCAUUCAUGAUGCCUCCAACAGCUCGCGUUACAUCCAUGCUCAUAUCUUGCGUUUCCUCGCCUGUCACUGUGCCCUGCUGAGCAGUCACUACCUCGCUGAAAGCCGGAGAAAACGGAUUGACAUUUUCCUGGUCUAAACUGGCUGAUCCGAUCUUCUCCAGUCCAUUGCGAAGUGCCCAAGGUUGCAUUGCAUUCGUGACUUCCUCAUCCGCGACUUCCAUGGACAUGUCGCCGAAUUCGUCGUAUUCGAUCCCACGCGUGCCAGCCAAUCGAGCCGCUGCCUUGAGUGAGGCUUCCAAACGUUCACUGGAGCCAGUGCUACCUUCGCUAUCUGCAUGAGAUUCAAGGGUAGGGUCAUCCACGCUCAGACUCAUGGCAGUCCCUUCGUCGUCCGAUGCGUCGUCUUCCCCGUUGUCGCUGCCAGACCCAUCUUCACUUCCGCUCGUGCCGCUGGAGUAGGUAUCCUCUGGAUUGUUGAAAUUCAUGGGUGGUAUACCAGAGCUUCGUCUGGAUCUCUUGCUGUUCAUGUCGUCCUCGGAUUCGAGCAGUUCUCUGUCCUCUUCCUCCUGUGCAUAUAUAGCGGCAUCUGAGUCCGAGGCUGAGCUGAAGUGAGAGGCACGUCGCGUAGUACUGUCCGAGUCCGUAGAUGUGGUGUGCUCAUGCUGAUCCAUCACAAUAUCCCAUGUGUGCAGAGUCGCCUCGGGCGCAAACGAGACGCGUCUGUUGGCCAUUGACUUGCGGCGCGCGGCCCUCGCCGACUCUUCAUCCUUAGACAGUAUGCUCUUGGCCGCGGGGACGAAUGCUGAUUUCCGUCGGUCCCUCGCGCUGAGCUUCGGUGCUUCUGGCUCGUCCAACGCACCUGGUCCAAUGCUCUUACUUCGACCUUUCCUGGUGGCCUUUUUCAGCGAUGGUGAAAGUGCGCUCAGACGUUGCAGCGGAUCACUACUGGUGACCGGCGCCACAUUUUCCUUGUCGGCCAUGCUGGUGGCGGCAAUAUGGACCAC